AUGCCGUCUUCUAGACCUUGGGCCCAACAUGCUCAUCUUUGUUUCUCUCUCUCUCUCUCUCUUCCUCUGCACUUUACCUACCCUCAGGCUUAUGAGAGGCCCCAGAAGCACUCAACUCUCCACUAUGACCCAGGCCUCCCACAGGACUUCACCAGUGACACCUUAAAACCAAAGCACCAGCAAAAAAGCAGCAGCCAGAACCACAUGGACUGGUCCACCAACUCUGACAGUGGGCCCACCACUCAGAAUUGCUUCAUCAGUCCAGAAUCUGGCAGAGACAGUGCAAGCACCAGCAAGAUCCCAGCUCUUGAACCUGUGACUUCUUUUGCAAAGGCCCAGGGUAAGAAAGGCAGUGCAGGGAGCACAUGGAGUCAGUUGUCCAACAAUAGCAAAGAUCUGCUUUUGGGAGGUGUGGUUCCAUCCCCCAGCAACCACAGUUCACCAGCCCCUCCUAGCAGCUCUGUAGAGUGCAAUGGACUCCAGCCCUUGGGAGAUCAAGAUGGAGGAGGUACAAAGGAACCUGCAGAACCACCUACUACAGGCAGCAAGAAAAAGUCCAAUAAAAAAGAUGUGAUAAGUCAAACUAUACCAAACCCAGAUUUGGAUUGGGUCAAGAGUGCCCAGAAAGCAUUUGACAAUACAGAAGGGAAAAGGGAGGGCUACUCUGCAGAUAAUGCCCAAGAGGCAUCACCAGCCAGGCAGAAUAUGAAUUCUGUCAGUAAUCCUGAAAGUGACUCCAGUCAUGUCCGGAUUACUAUCCCCAUCAAGGCACCCUCUCUAGACCCAAACAGUCACAAGAGGAAAAAGAGACAGUCCAUAAAAGCAGUGGUGGAAAAGAUCAUCCCAGAGAAAGCACUGGCUUCUGGAAUCACCAUGAGCAGUGAAGUUGUUAACAGGAUACUUUCCAACUCAGAGGGAAAUAAGAAAGAGCCCCGUGUCCCUAAGUUGGGUAAAAUGAUAGAGAAUGAGUCCUCCUCAGUUGGCCUUGAACCUGGUGUGAACACUGAGAAAAUUGUCCCAGGAGGUAUGUCUAAGCAGCGGAAGCCACCCAUGGUCAUGACGCCUCCAACAUGCACAGAUCACUCUCCAUCAAGAAAGCUACCAGAAAUCCAACAUCCAAAAUUUGCUGCAAAACGGAGAUGGACAUGCAGCAAACCAAAACCCACCAGUAUGCUUAGAGAGGCAGUCAUGGCCACCUCCGAUAAACUAAUGGUGGAACCACCAUCUGCUUAUCCCAUCACCCCAUCCAGCCCUCUGUACACCAACACAGAUAGCCUCACUGUGAUCACUCCAGUCAAAAAGAAGCGGGGACGACCAAAGAAGCAGCCUUUGCUCACAGUGGAGACAAUUCACGAGGGAACUUCCACCAGCCCAGUGAGCCCCAUUAGUCGAGAGUUUCCUGGCACCAAGAAAAGAAAGAGACGACGCAAUUUAGCCAAGUUAGCCCAGCUAGUUCCAGGAGAGGACAAACCCAUGAGUGAGAUGAAAUUUCACAAAAAAGUUGGAAAGCUUGGUGUGUUGGAUAAGAAAACCAUCAAAACGAUCAAUAAGAUGAAAACACUCAAGAGGAAAAAUAUCUUGAACCAGAUCUUGUCCUGUUCCAGCAGCAUGGCUCUGAAGGCCAAAGCUCCCCCAGAAACCAGCCCUGGGGCAGCAGCAAUUGAAAGCAAACUGGGCAAGCAGAUUAAUGUCAGCAAGAGAGGAACCAUCUACAUUGGCAAGAAGAGGGGCAGGAAGCCCAGAGCAGAGCUGCCACCCCCAUCCGAAGAACCCAAAACAGCCAUCAAGCACCCCAGGCCUGUUUCUAGCCAGCCGGAUGUUCCAGCCGUGCCUUCCAACUUUCAGUCACUUGUGGCGUCUUCACCAGCAGCUAUGCACCCCCUUUCAACACAGUUAGGUGGGUCCAAUGGCAACCUGAGCCCCGCCAGCACUGAAACCAAUUUUUCAGAGUUGAAAACUAUGCCAAAUCUCCAGCCCAUCAGUGCUCUUCCAACCAAAACCCAAAAGGGAAUACACAGUGGAACCUGGAAGUUGUCCCCACCCAGGCUGAUGGCCAACUCCCCUUCACACCUUUGCGAGAUUGGCUCACUAAAGGAAAUAACAUUGUCCCCUGUGAGUGAGUCCCACAGUGAGGAGACCAUUCCAAGUGACAGUGGCAUUGGGACAGACAACAACAGCACAUCUGACCAAGCAGAGAAGAGUUCAGAGUCCCGACGAAGGUACUCUUUUGACUUCUGCUCCCUAGACAACCCAGAGGCCAUUCCGUCUGACACCAGCACAAAGAACCGGCAUGGCCACCGGCAGAAGCAUCUCAUUGUGGACACCUUUCUGGCCCAUGAAAGCCUCAAGAAGCCAAAGCACAAGAGGAAACGGAAAAGCCUGCAAAAUCGUGACGAUCUCCAGUUUCUGGCUGAGCUGGAAGAGCUCAUCAGCAAAUUCCAAGUGUUCAGGAUCUCCCACCGAAGCUACACCUUUUACCAUGAGACUCCAUAUCCCAGCAUUUUUCGGAUUAAUUUUGAUCACUAUUACCCGGUGCCAUAUAUCCAGUAUGACCCGUUGCUCUAUCUUCGCAGGACUUCAGACUUGAAGUCAAAGAAGAAGCGUGGUAGGCCUGCAAAAACCAAUGACACCAUGACAAAGGUGCCUUUUUUACAAGGGUUCAGCUACCCUAUUCCCAGUGGAAGUUACUAUGCACCCUAUGGAAUGCCUUACACAUCAAUGCCUAUGAUGAACCUUGGUUACUACGGUCAGUACCCAGCGCCUCUGUACCUAUCGCACACGCUAGGAGCAGCUUCCCCAUUCAUGAGGCCAACAGUGCCACCACCUCAGUUCCAUACAAGCUCCCACGUAAAGAUGUCUGGGGCAGCUAAGCAUAAAGCAAAGCAUGGAGUACACCUGCAGGGACCUGUUGGCAUGGGCCUCAGUGACAUACAGCCAUCCCUGAACCCUCCCAAGGUGGGCGGGGCUACUCUGUCCAGUGGUCGGCUCCACAAGAGGAAACAUAAACACAAGCAUAAGCACAAGGAAGACCGGAUUCUAGGGACCCACGACAACCUGAGUGGUCUCUUUGCAGGCAAAGCCACAGGCUUCUCCAGCCACCUCUUGGGAGAGCGGCUGAGCAGCACAGACAAAGAGCUCCCACUGUUGAGUGAAAAGAGCAAGCAUAAGGAGAAACAGAAACACCAGCACAGUGAAGCCAGCCACAGAGCUUCCAAGAACAACUUUGAGGUGGACACCCUGUCUACGUUGUCACUUUCUGAUGCCCAGCAUUGGACUCAGGCCAAGGACAAAGGUGAUUUGAGCAGUGAGCCUGUGGACUCAUGUGCUAAAAGGUACUCUGGCAGUGGUGGGGACAAUAGUAGCACAAGAUCAGAAAGUCUGGAUGUGUUCAGUGAAAUGACCUCUUCGAGUGACAAGUGGGACAGUGACGUGAGUGGGAAUAAAAGGAGGAGCUUUGAAGGAUUUGGGACAUACAGGGAAAAGGACAUCCAAACCUUCAAGAUGAACCGUAAGGAGAGAAGUUCUUAUGACUCCUCCAUGUCUCCAGGGAUGCCAAGUCCUCACUUAAAAGUGGACCAGACGACAGCACAUAAUAAGAGCGAGGGCUCAGCAUCCACCAUGAUGACCAGGAAGAAGCCAGCUGCAGUUGACAGUGUUGCAAUUCCACCCACCCCAGUGUUAUCUCUCCUUGCUGCAUCUGCAGCAACAUCAGACUCAGCCAGCUCCUCCCUGAAGAAGCGAUUCAAGCGUCGGGAGAUCGAAGCCAUCCAGUGCGAGGUGCGGAAGAUGUGCAACUACACGAAGAUCUUGUCCACUAAGAAGAACCUGGACCACGUGAACAAGAUCCUGAAGGCCAAGCGGCUGCAGAGACAAUCAAAGACAGGCAACAACUUCGUCAAGAAGAGGCGUGGGCGUCCCCGAAAGCAGCCCACCCAGUUCGAUGAGGACUCCAGAGACCAAAUGCCAGUGCUGGAAAAAUGCAUCGACCUGCCCAGCAAACGGGGCCAGAAGCCCAGCCUGAGUCCCCUCGUGCUGGAGCCGGCCACCAGCCAGGACACCAUCAUGGCCACCAUCGAGGCUGUCAUCCACAUGGCCCGGGAGGCGCCGCCCCUGCCCCCGCCGCCGCCCCCUCCUCUGCCGCCGCCGCCGCCCCCGCCCCCGCCGCCGCCCCCUCUUCUGCCCAAGACCCCCAGAGGCGGGAAGAGGAAACACAAACCUCAGCCUCCCGCGCAGCCCCCGCAGCAGCCGCCCCCGCAGGCGCAGCCCCUACCCCAGGAAGAGGAGGUGAAGGCUAAAAGGCCCAGGAAAUCCCGAGGCAGCGAGAGUGAUGCCCUUCCCUAGGGCGGGUCUGGGCGUCUGAACCUGGGGCGGGGGACUGAAAUGUUGCAAGUGCAGUGAACGGGGUGGGGGCGGCUCCCCCACUGCAAGGGACACCGCUGCCCUUCUCUCCGGAGGCUGGGCAGGCAGGAUCAGGCCAGAUGACCGGGUUGAGCCAUCUAUCAGGAGCUCUUGGGAUAGCAAAGCAAGGGGGACGCCUCCAAAUGCAGCUUGUCUGUGCCAUACAGCUGUUCCCAACCUAGCAGCACUUCAGUGUGGCUGGGUCCUUCCCAGGCAGCAGAAGAUCCACCGAGGAGUGAGGGGCAAGAAGCUGGUGCUCUGACAGGCCACCUAACAUCCCCUGCUCCCAUCCAAGGUGCACCCUUGAUUCUGAUUUUAUUUGCUGACCAGAAAAAUCGAAAGGGAAACACCCCCUCCAUUAGGAACCAAUCCAAGGGGAGUAAAGCUGCGAAUUUGUCAACUGGCUUUGUUAUAACCCAAUUUUACUUAUUUGGUUCUUAUUUCUUUUUGGUUUGCAAGCUCUGCUAGGCUUUGGGGCACCGACAUCAUCUUUCAGGUGACCUGAAUCUUUCCGUUAACAAUACAGUUUCUCAGAUGGAAUCCUAGGAUCGGAAGGUGGAAUGGUAGUGAUAGGCGACCUUUGACCUGCAUUCAUAUUCUUCUGUAUGCCGCCUGUAUCUCACACACACUGAGUUUUGCAUCCUCUGUACCUGCUUUUCCUUUGUCCAUUGUAUGUCCAUGUACACUUUCCUUACCUUGCUGCCUUCUUUUUCUUGGUACACAUCUAAAUAAUGUAAAUCUUUCCUGUGUUAUAAAAGUUCACCCUUGGCACACUCUCCCGAGCAACGUGGCUUUGAAUCCCAAUCAUUGUGAAAAAACUACUCAGUAUUGAUAGAGCCUUUUAAAUAAGUGACUCAGCGCAGCCAAGGGAUAUGUUGACCCAAGUGUAACCAGGUUAUUUUUAUACUUAAAACAUAUCAAUGGAGAAUGGCAGGAUAAAAUGGUUUUAAUACCCCACAGCAAAUGGAUUAACUAACAAGCCGCCCAAAAUUAAAAAACCCAGAUCCAACAGAAGAAAAAUGUCUUAGCAAUGUCUUGGUAUGUGAUUUUGUUUUCAUACAAAGAGCUGUCAUAGGUUGUUGAGAAAAGGAAACAAAAAGACAGUACAAAAAGUCCAUUAUCUCUUGAUAAUUAUUUCUUAAAAGCAAAUGGGAGCAAGUGUUCUUAUCUAAAAAAUAAAAAUAAAUGUUCAAAGGGUAUCACCACUCCAAUUGUAUCAAGCCACCUUGGACAAAGUAUCCAAAUUGUGGUUGCCUUAAUACACUAAAACAUUUUUGUACAUAAUGUAAUUAUAAAUCUAUCAGUCUGCAUGGAUGCAAACUGUGUGUGACAAAUCGUCUUUUAAAUGGUCAAUUUCAACUGUACAUUUCUCAUCCAAGUUGUACACUAGCCAUUGGUUUAGCGUGGACAGAUAUUCCAUCUCUAUUACCCAUUUCCACAGCCCAAGUAAAACAUGUUAAGACUCAGAAUGAAUAUAAAGUUAUCCCAUUGCAGUAGAUGUUUCUUAAAAGUCAAAUGUGGAAAUUUCAAAAAGUAUUUUUAAUUUUCUCCCUUACUCCUCCCCUUACCUUCCCCAAGCCAUCAAAUACCUGGCAUGGUAGAUUAUAGAAAGAGACACAGAGAGAAUUAAAUAUUCUAAUGGGAAUUAGAAUCCUGGUUUACCUCCAAAUUAAGUUUUUUUACGGGAAGUUGAGACCAGCAGCAACUGUAUUAUCACGUGGGAGCACAAUAUUAUUUCCUUAGAGAAAGAUGGAUCUUUGUUGGGAACAUAAGAGAGUAAGUGAUGAGUCGUCUAUGAGAGCAAAUGUUAAAAUCUCAAGUUAAUAUGCUUGCAAACAUUGCUGCUGUGUCGUGGCACCAACAGUUGGUUGAAAUUACCUACAGAGCCAUCUCCUUGUGUGCUGUCGCAAUGGACUGCACACCAUUUGCCGCCCACUAGGUCAGUUGCAUUUAAUCCUAGCAAUAUGUAAGUUUAAAGGAUUAUACUUUAAAGCUUAUAUCCUAGAUACUCAGUCUGUGACCUGCGUUGACCUUUGGCAUUUCACACAAGUUGAACAGCAAAAUCAAACCAGCCAUUUUCAAUCUGUCAUUCCUGAGCCAUGUCUGAGUGGUUCCAAAGUCACCAGAGAGGAAGGUUUAAAUUAGCCCCUCUCACCCUACCAGUGCUAUGAAAUAGUAGCCAUUUUCAUUCCAAUUAAGCCAUAAAGAGGUUUCUCUUCCUGUUGGAUUUAAAAAAUCAUUUCCUUCAUUCUUUCUUUUUCACCCUUUGUCCUUCCAGUUCUGUACAGCCUCCCAACCAAGUCUGUAAGCAGACUAAAUCUUGCAGAAAAGAGCAAGCUGGUGCUUGGUAAACUUCUUAGAGGAAGUCCCAAAGUUUAAUUGGCAUUAACCUCUAAUAGGUGAGAGAUACCAAAUAACUUUGGGAUACAUUAGCAUUUCUGAACCAGUGAAAGAUAUUCCAGGACAGAGACAGCAGAGUUGAAGCUCACACAUGAAUUCGAUUCUGUGGUUGGCCUGUAUGUGAAGUGCAAAUGCAAAUCCUCCACAUGAAAUCCCUGAGGAUACUUUGGCAAACUGCAAAAGAACCAAAGCUGAAGCAUGCUAAACAGCAGCCUGGAGAUGAGAGUAAGUUCAGUUAGCCAUGCAAUGAUGCACCACCACCCAGUGACUUUCUCAAUGUCACAUUACUCUUUUUCUUCUGCCUUUGUAAACCUAACUCAUCUCAUCCAUACAACCAUUUCCUCCUUUUCUCACUGCCCCUCCUUCCUUAGUUUCUCCUCUCCUACCCAGGCUCCCCAUCGGACCAACCAAGUUUCACAUCUAGUUGGUUACAGAGCCAGGAAGAGAACCCCCAGCUUGUUUGACCUGGAAUAUGGAAGUCUUGAGCCACCCAACAUGGCCUUCUGGGUCUGCAUUUUUAUUUUGAGAUGGGGUUAUUUGGGAGGUACAAGACUCCAUUUAUAUCUUCUCAAAAUAUUUUAUAGUAAGAAAAACCCUUAAUUUUUUUUUUUCUGGAAAGCUCUCCAUCAAGCAAGUAUCCCACUUGUAGUACAAGGGAUCCAAUUAGAAAUAAGAAGAGGAUGAAACCUAGACAAAAUCUCCUUGAAGGUGUUACUGGAUCUUUAAUCCACUGUAUUAAGUGGCUAGGAUGUCACUUGCUUUGCAACCCCUUCUCUCAAAUGAGAGGAACAGAGUUUUACUUCCUGAAAUAGACUAGCUCUGGGUACAACCCAAGGAAGAAAGGUCAAAGGGAAAGAGAGCAUACAGGGUUGCUCUGUGACUUGGCAGGCCCAGAACUCAGCAGUCACUGACAGCCCAAAGAAGGUGACUAAGGGCUGGCAGAGAUUAUCAUGUUAACUUGGCUGCUGUCUGGAGUGGAGGCCAUGUUCAAUGGCAGUCAGAAUUUGUGUCUGCACAUUGCUGAGUCUAUAAAUAUGAUAAGCAAGUGGUGACAGAAUUAUAGUAUAAGAUGAUGCAUUACAUGCAGAUCAUAAAGGAUUUGGUGUUAGGACUUAAGUAGAAAAUCCCACUCCUAGCUUAUUACUCAACAAUAUUCAGAUAAUGAGCUUUUGAAGAAUUUUGUCCCCUAUCACUAGGAAGAUUUACCUGGGAACUGUCUAAAAUCUAUACAUACAUUUCCAAAGCCUUUAAAUGCCAACUGUAGCAAGGAGGGGGUGGUGGCAGGAGCUAAAAUGCCUCAAAAGCCAUUUAAGUGUUCCAUUGCAGGAUUUUCGGUACUACUCAUUAUGUAAAAGUAGAUAAAUAUAGACAUUUUUCUUGACACUACCCUAUCAUAUCAUAAUGGUCCAAAUGCCAGAGCUUACAGAUAAUGUCAUCACAGUGCCUAGAAACUCAAACUGUAAUAUACCGUAGCAUUUUCUUGGUGUUUCUUAAAGUUUCUUUCCACAAUACAAGGCUCCCUCUGCCUCUUGUUUCUUGGAGCGUUCACCCCCAGAGGAGUCUGCAUUCCCUGUUGGACUCAGUCACUUGGGGAACAGUCUUAGAAGCACAUAUUAACCAAGGAAGAAACUUCCUGGAUACCUAUUGCCCACUUGCCCAGGUAUAAUAAACACUAAAGGGGGGAAAAUUGAGACGAGCUGCCAACUGGUCAACUUGAAAGGGCAGUUUCACCUUAGAGUGGUGUCUUUCUUUUUCUUCCUUUUCUAAAAAAAAAAUCUAUUUCUUAAAUAAUAAUAAAUGCACAUGAUGUGUUAAAUAUGUACAUAUAUAUUUCAAAAGGAAAAAAUGGGGCACAAGAUUGUCUUACAAGUCGUGCUGGCUAAUUUUUAGUUUGUAUUCAUAAGUGGUUUUUAAAAGCCUUUUUAAAAGUGUAAUUUGCAUGUUCUACUUUGAUUGUAUGUAAACAUAUUUUAGAACAAAAAAUGUAUUUGUAUUUUAUUGAAUAUAGAGGCAAGAAAAUUGUACAUUGUUUGAAAUGUUCUUUUUGUAACAGUUUUUAUUCAUAAAGCAUUUUUGUACAUUUAAAAUGAACAUGGACUUGCUGUCAUUUGAGGCGUAGCUACAUCUGGCAUGCUUUACUGUCAUGCUCCUCCAUGGUCUUAGAUGUUGGGUUUUAAACAUUUUUUUCUAAAAGAAAGCUCAGUCUUUUUCGCUACCAGAUCAGGUUAGCACAGUAUAGAGCACUUAACUAUUAAAAAAAAAAAGUUAAUCCUAUUCAUAUGUUAUUCAUUGUGUGAAAUUAAAGACAUUCAAUUCAGUCUAA